GGUUUACCGCUUGCUGUCACCAUUUCUCUGGCUUACUCUGUCAAGAAAAUGAUGAAGGACAACAACCUUGUGCGCCACUUGGAUGCGUGCGAGACCAUGGGCAACGCCACGGCCAUCUGCUCCGAUAAGACCGGCACCCUCACCACCAACCGCAUGACUGUGGUCCAGACUUACCUAGGUGAUGUGCACCACCGUGUCAUCCCUGACCCUGGACAGAUCAACCCCCGGACUGUGGACUUAUUAGUCAACGCUAUUGCUAUCAACAGCGCCUACACUUCCAAGAUCUUACCACCUGAUGUGGAGGGAGGUUUGGCCAAGCAGGUGGGCAACAAGACAGAGUGUGGUCUGCUGGGGUUUGUUUUAGACCUUCAGCAGGACUACGCCCGGGUCAGAGAGCAGAUCCCCGAGGAGAGACUGUACAAGGUGUACACAUUCAACUCUGUGCGUAAAUCCAUGAGCACGGUGAUCAAGCUGCCCGACGGUUCCUUCCGCCUCUACAGCAAAGGAGCUUCUGAAAUUCUACUGAAGAAAUGUUCCUCCGUUCUUGAUGCCAACGGUGAGCCGCGCAGUUUCAGACCACGUGACCGGGACGAGAUGGUCAAACAGGUGAUUGAGCCGAUGGCAUGCGAGGGCUUGAGGACCAUCUGCAUCGCGUACCGCGACCUGCCAGGCAAUCCGGAGCCAGACUGGGAAAGUGAGGCCGACAUAGUGACUGAUUUGACCUGCAUCACCGUGGUUGGGAUAGAGGACCCAGUGCGGCCUGAGGUGCCUGAAGCCAUCCGUAAGUGUCAGCGUGCAGGCAUCACGGUGCGAAUGGUGACCGGCGAUAACAUUAACACAGCCAGGGCCAUUGCUGCUAAAUGUGGCAUCAUCCAACCCGGGGAUGAUUUUAUUUGUCUAGAGGGCAAAGACUUCAACCGACGAAUCAGGAACGAGAAGGGAGAGAUCGAACAGGAACGCAUCGACAAAAUCUGGCCCAAGCUCCGCGUUCUGGCUCGAUCUUCGCCGACAGACAAACACACGCUGGUUAAAGGCAUAAUUGACAGCACCGUCCUAGAACAGAGGCAGGUUGUCGCGGUAACGGGGGACGGAACUAAUGACGGACCCGCUUUGAAGAAGGCUGAUGUGGGCUUUGCCAUGGGUAUCGCGGGGACAGACGUCGCGAAGGAGGCGUCUGACAUCAUCCUGACGGAUGACAACUUCUCCAGCAUUGUCAAGGCAGUGAUGUGGGGGCGAAACGUCUACGACAGCAUUUCCAAGUUCCUGCAGUUCCAGCUCACGGUCAACGUGGUGGCUGUCAUCGUGGCCUUCACCGGGGCCUGCAUCACUCAGGACUCUCCUCUGAAGGCCGUGCAGAUGCUGUGGGUGAAUCUGAUCAUGGACACGUUCGCGUCUCUGGCUCUGGCCACCGAGCCCCCCACUGAGGCCCUGUUGCUACGGAAACCUUACGGCCGAAACAACCCACUCAUCUCACUGACCAUGAUGAAGAACAUCCUGGGCCAUGGAGUGUACCAGCUGGUCAUCAUCUUUACCCUGUUGUUUAUAGGCGAGCGCAUGUUCAACAUCGACUGCGGCCGCAACGCUCCGCUGCACUCGCCUCCCUCCGAGCACUACACCAUCAUCUUCAACACGUUCGUCCUCAUGCAGCUGUUCAACGAGAUCAACGCGCGCAAGAUCCACGGGGAGAGGAACGUGUUUGACGGCAUCUUCGGCAACCCCAUCUUCUGCUCCAUCGUGCUGGGGACGUUCGCUGUGCAGAUCGUGAUCGUGCAGUGGGGAGGGAAGCCCUUCAGCUGUGCCCCUCUCAACAUCGAGCAGUGGCUCUGGUGUCUCUUCGUGGGAGUUGGAGAGCUGCUCUGGGGGCAGGUGAUUGCCACAGUGCCGACAGAGCGGCUUCCGUGCCUGAAGGAGGCGGGGCUGGGCCUCGAGCCCAGCGAGGAGGAAGGGGAGGAGAUGGCAGAGGAUGAGGAGGAGAUCGACUGUGCCGAGAGAGAGCUGCGCCGCGGACAGAUCCUCUGGUUCAGAGGCCUCAACCGCAUCCAGACUCAGAUGGAGGUAGUGAGCACGUUCAAGCGAAGCGGUUCGUUUCAGGGAGCGGUGAGACGGCGCUCCUCCGUGCUCAGUCAGCUCCACGACAUGCGAGUGGUGAAAGCAUUCCGUAGUUCGCUGUACGAGGGCCGGGAGAAACCGGAAUCCCGCAACUCCAUCCACAACUUCAUGGCCCACCCGGAGUUCCUCAUCAACGACCUCAUCCACAACAUUCCGCUGAUCGACGACACUGACGUGGACGACGAAUCAGAGCUCAGCAGAUACCAGCACCUGCACCCGGCCCUCCGCAAGCCGCCGCCCCCUCCCACCCAGCCCCAGCCCCCAGCACGCACCCGCCCCACCCGCCCCUAUCGGCAGUACAGCCUCCCGGUGACUCCGUGCAACCGGAACAACAACAACAACAGCAGCAGCAGCAGCAGCAGCAGCAGUUCAGCGGUCACCCACGGCAACAACAGCAACAACAGCACCAAUGCAGUUACUCCCAGCAAUCGGAGCCCUCACCAACACCACAACCACAACCACCACCAAUACCGCCAUAACCAUCAUGGCAGGGACAGGCCAGUGAAACCCUCCGCCCCUCACCUGGCUCACCUUUACUGCGUGGAGACCUCCUUAUAACUGAUCUGAACGUGGGUCUGGCGGGGGAGUGGAGAAGGGGAACGGAGUCUUGGUUGGGGGGGAGGAAAAGGGGAGUGGAGGAGAGGGCCGAGGACACACAUGACAUUUCCAUCUCUUAUAUCAAGCUACCAGGAAGGAGUGAAGGACAAGGGAGGCACAGGAGGGAGUGGACAAUGGCUGGAGACUUCUGCUGCUCGCAGCUCCCUGAGAACAUUGCAGCUUUCCCUCCCUUCGCCCUCGCUCCGGCCCUCUCAGCCGAGAAACCCCCUCAACCCCCCGACACAACAGCCGCUCGCCCCCCCUCUCCACCCUCAAACCCCACCGUUCCCGUCCAUGACCCUGCUCGAAGAACCCGCCCACCUCACCCCUGCCUGACCUCAUGCACACUCGUCACACAUACGCACAGGUCUGCUCUCGCUGCGUUGUCCUGAGCUAAGGACAGUUGGCUAAGGAGGGAGGCGGGGACAGACAUCCAAAACAAAAAAAAACAUUUAAAAAAAAAGAAAGAAAACACGACAUCCCUCAAUGCUUCAACAGGACCAGGGCCAUGAGGCCGUGGGGGCUGACUCACUCUGUUUCUAUCAGUGUUCCAUCAUUAACGUCGUUAUCAUAACCCAACACACUUACACACCUGCCAUGGCACCGUCAUUUAUCUACAGCCACUCCUUUGCUUGUGUUAUGAGGCUUUUGUGAAAGCUUUAACUCCAGACUUCACUCAUUCUCGGCCCCUCUGAUUCGCUCAUUUCUCAGCAUAGCGUUGCUCGUUCUUUCUUCUAUUCCGUUUUUUAAAUCUUAUUUUUCCUUUAAUUCCUGUCUUUCAGUGUGUGUAUGUGUAUUGUCUUGUCUCUUCUACGGGGAAAAAAAAGGUUAAUUUGAAAGCUGGGGGAAUACGUAUAUAUAUGUAUAUAUACAUACGUACAUAUAUGUAUAUAUACAUACGUUUAUAUAUAUAUAUAUAUAUAUAUAUAUAUAUAUAUAUAUAUAUAUUUAAAAUUUGAAUCUGAGAAGUGACAACACAGAACUUUUCAAGUUCCUUGCUGUUCUUUCUCCAGCCCCGACCUGCACGAUCCUUGAAUGUCACCCCAUGAGUCCACAUGAUCUGUUCUCCGUACUCGUCCAUGAGGUGAUACAGUGGAUUUUGAUGUAUCCAAACAGCUUAAUUUACAGUCUCCUGGCAUGAUGAUGACAUGAUAUGUAAGUAUAACCUCUAUGGACCUCAUGUGGGGACACAAGCCCAUGGGUGACGUCCAUCCUUCCUCUCUCUUGCGGUUCCUCAGUCUGCGUUGUUUUUGUUUUUCUUGGUUUUUCUUACGCUCACCUUGUCUCGUCUGGUCUUUUGUCGGUGGGUGUGGGUGUGGGUGUGUUUCAGCUUUUCCUGAAGGUACAAAAAAAAAAAGAAGAAGCUGAAUGCUUGUGAAGCAUUAACCCUUUAAAUGCCAUCACACACACAAUGCACAGGCGAUGGCCCUUUAAGACUUCAAACAUGCACUCACUUUCAAGCCUGCUCAUGUGUCAUCAUUGGGUCGUCUUCAUCGUUAUGUACCAGUGCCCUGUCUCCAUGACUACUGUGGACGCAGGGUUUGUUUCAUUUCAUCCAUCUAUCUGUCAUUUUUACCGUUAAAGUGGGGAGAAAACUUCACCUGAAACAUCAGCAGCUUCUCGCUCAAGUGUUAAGUUCCAAUGUCAGUGUUCAGUUUAUUUAAGCUUCAGGCCCAAAGUCCACUCGGCUCUAUCAGGUACGACCAACGAGAGCUUAUGUGUUAUGUCUGUGCGUCCUGUUCUGUGCACCCCCCCACCCCCCCCCA